AUGGCUGAACUUAAGGACAGUGCGUUAAACUAUGGGCACGUAGGAAGACCGGUCUACCUCAAGGAUACCCAGUCCUGGAGCUUUCUACGAUCAUUUACCCCAGCGCCUCCUAUUACCUAUGCUGGCUCAGUGAAAACGGUGAUUUCGCCUGAGAAAAACGCCCGCCGACCACUACAUGGCCCACAUGGCCGACCACUUAAUCCAAAGUCGAUUCCGCGGGCAUAUCCUGAUCUAGGCGUGCAAUGGCCGUCUAUUCGUGAACAGAAACGCUCUCGGUUUAUAACAGCCGUCACUGAUAUUUACGAUCCCCACGUUUCCACACUUCUCGAUCUCGGCCAUGCUUUGGAUCUCGGAGAAGAAGAUUCAAAUCCCAUACCUGUUGCAGCGGUCGUGACUGGGGAAUGCAGGAAUACUAUUUCUUUGAGGCUACUGGUUGAAGAUACCUCAGAAGUUCAAUUUGAUGGAUUGGAGGCUUUGCUUCCAACGAUUGGAGACACAGAAAGCGCUGAAUGGUCAACACCAGGAGUCCCGAUCCGCCAAGUCUGCUUUUCCCAGCCUGCGAAGAACAACGAAGACAAAGCCACUUGGAUGGCCGCUCGCCUCCCGGAGUCUACCACGAUAUUUCGACCUUUAUAUGAGUGGGACCUGAAUCCUAGGUAUCUACAUCACUAUGACUCUGCAGUACUUCCGUCAACCCCGCCAGCCCCACGUCUAGAUGCGAACCCGGUGGUUGAGAUAUCGAGUGCGCAUACAGGCGGUUUCCUGCAUGCCUCUGUUGCAUUCAACCCUUGGCAUCAAAGGCAGGUGGCCAUCCUUGACAUGAGGGGCAAUUGGAGUCUUUGGAAGGUUCAAACCCGACACAAUCGACGCGAGGGUAAUGGGAUCGCUACCCCCGAACAGAGAAGCUCACUACCAUCAAUGGACCUCGAAAGCUCAAGCUGUAUCAGACACGAUGGCUGGGGAUCAAUUCUGUGGAUUGGGGACUCUUUUAGCAUUCUUGUUGCCGAUCGUCGAUGCGUCAUGGUCUUUCACAUUCAAGGCGAUGAGAUCCGAUCCCGCUCUGUCGAGCUGAUACUAGGGAAAUCAUCCGAAUGGGUUAUUGAUAUUCAGAGAAGCAAGAGGGACAUGUCACAAUUUUUUGUUCUCACAACUGCUCGGGUGCUGUGGUUUGAUCUGACGACAGCGUCAAUGGAUGAAGAGGGACUGAGACUGCCUUUACAGCAUUCUCUUGCGUGGAACCAUUUCAGGAACCACGAGGACAUAUCAAUGCGGCUCAGUGAACUAUUAAUAGGCCAAAAUUCAUACAUUGUUCUAUAUUCUAGGACGAGUGAACUCAUUCAGGUAUAUCCGUGUUCUUUCAUUGGCGAUGCGAGAACGGUGACUGCUAUUGGACCGGAUCCCUUCUUGUUACGUAUGCCGCCAGCAGAAAUGAUGCCUGCUCCCAAUAAGCGAGCACCCUACUCAACUUUUCUGUUCAGAGAAGCUGGUCAUUCGCCGACAGUGGAAAAAGGAAAUGAUGCCCUUGAUAUGACUCUUAUCAAGCUCUACUGGAUUGAUUCAUCAUACGCCGUCCAUGAAACGCUCUUCAAAGGUCCAUCGCAAAGUUUGCUGGAGCGGGUGGGAAUGAAGAUCGGAACUUCCACCGGAAACAGCAGAGUACCUGCGAAUAACAGGCCUCGUAUCCCUAAGCCACAUUUAGACAACCCAGACGACUCACAUGACGAUGAUGAUUCAACUGAUGACGGGAGUGAUCUAGACGAUUUUAUUGUUGAGGACUGGGACAAGUCCGAAGUGCUCCCAAGGGCUAAGUCACAAAAUGAUUUACCCACUUCAUUCCCCGAAGACCUAGACUACACUUUGAGCUGGGCACGCGUUUAUAAGCGCGCCGUGGCGAAUAUUGCCAACCGCGGUACAGACCUUGAAGGAUCCCGACUUACACUCGAGCGACUCAUUACGGAGUUGAAAGACGAGACACUUGGAGGCGCAGAUCGCUGGCGGAACAGUAAAACAAUGCUAGAGAUUAGCGGCGGCCGACCCGCAUGUGGCGAUAUGGAUCAGACCAUGGAUGAUUUAGCACAUCUUUCCUCGAUAAUGUCUUUUGGAAAUCCUGAUACUACACAUGGGCCUCAGUUCAUUACCUUGCAUCUACCAUCUUCAAGCACAUUUCCGCAAAUCCCAGUAACUUACCAGCCGAAAGAAAUCAGCCAGGAAUUUUGGGACACCUAUGGUCGACUGAUGAAAGAGUGGCUCUCCAGACUGCCUCAUGGGAUUCCAAACCAUACUCGUCUCUUCAAAGAGAGAAUCGUUCGCGGCGUUGCUCUAGAUCUCGUCUUCUCACGCCUCAUUCAAAUUAAAAACAACCCUAAGGUUAUAAAACCCCCUCAAACUACUGGGACCAUGAUACCAGUCGAGGGGACACCGGGGAUUGUAUCUCAAGACGCUGGUCAAGAAUUGGCCUCUUCACAACUUCCUUCGUCACAGGUCACGGUGACUGACAAUCAAGACGAUCACAAUUCUCAAGACACGGCUGGAGAUGCUAUUUCUUCAAAAUACCCCAGUCUAUCUGCAUUCACUACAUUCAAGCCUCCAUUUAGGGGGACUCGUGCACGAUCUCAGAAUGUGGCCAACCUGCUUGCCCAUUGGGAACAAGGGGCUGAUCCUUCCACCUACGACUGGGAGAUGAUAUCCCAGGCGCAGAGUGACAUGGGCAAGGGAGAACUGAAUAAGCCCCGGCGGAAAUCACGCAAGAAACGCCCACAACCGUCACAACUCUCGCAGCGCCCACAGGUGACACCUAGGUUCGACGGAACAUCCCUGCCGCCUACCCCUGUGGCACCAAUACCUCGGGUAUGGGGCAGUCAGCCAGUUCAACCAUUCCUAAUGGCAAGUAGCCAGCCUACAGUGGAUGGGGCACCUAUGACCCAGACCGAGCGUGGUCAAUUUGGGACACGAGAAGCCAUCAAGAGCAAUAAAACGAAGAAGAAGCGAAGAGCAGGUGGAUUUUAA